ACGGAUGCAAAAAACCCCAUGACUCUGUAAAAGGCAGGUUUGGGACAUGAAUCAGCUAACAAGCUUUUAACAUUAACCCUGCUACCGCUGUCAAGACUGAAGACAACCAUCUGUCAGGCUAUUAGAGGGGAGCUUUGAAGAGACUCCCUAAGAGCUAAGCUGCACAUUAACUUUGAGACUGAAAACUGAGCCAAAUUGACACGAGGAAUUACUAUUUCGAUAUCCAGAAAAGGCAGCUGGGCUAAAAGAAAAUUUUACAGCGAAAUCUUUCAAUCAGGCAAACUUGAAUCUUUAAAGUCUCUCAAGCAACAACCUCAUUAACAACGAAAACAAUGGAGCUUCAGAAGAUGAAUGGACACAGCAGGGAAGAAGGGUUUGAUGGGCUGGACGUCAUGGCUGAACAUGAGGAGUUUCUCCCACAUAAGACUGGUGCUAAGAAAGACAUCCGCUUUACAGAUUUCGAGGGAAAGACUUCAUUUGGCAUGUCCGUCUUUAAUCUCAGUAACGCCAUAAUGGGUAGUGGAAUUCUGGGAUUGGCUUUUGCAAUGUCCAACACUGGAAUCGUUCUUUUUAUAGUCCUGUUGCUGUGCAUUGCCAUUCUGUCUGCAUAUUCCAUCCAUCUCCUCCUGAGAAGUGCCGGAGUUGUCGGGAUCCGGGCUUAUGAACAGCUCGGGAAUCGGGCUUUUGGCCCCGUGGGAAAAAUGCUGGCUGCAUGCGUUAUUACAAUACACAACAUUGGAGCAAUGUCCAGCUAUCUCUUCAUUAUCAAGUCUGAGCUCCCUCUGGUAAUUCAAGCUUUCCUUGAUAGUGAAGAAAACACCGAAGAGUGGUACAUGAAUGGAAACUACUUGAUCAUCAUUGUUAGCGUUUCCAUCAUUCUUCCUCUAGCACUCAUGAAACAACUUGGUUACCUGGGCUAUACCAGUGGCUUCUCCCUCUCCUGCAUGGUGUUUUUCCUCAUUUCGGUUAUCUACAAGAAAUUUAAUAUUUUGUGUCCGCUGGAGAGCGAGGACCAACUUAAUGAGACUCUUUUUGCUGACAACCACGCUGCCAUGAAUGAGACGGGCGACAUCUGUGAAGCCAAGAUGUUUACCAUCAACUCACAGACCGCGUACACAGUCCCAAUUCUGGCCUUCGCUUUUGUCUGUCACCCUGAAGUGUUACCGAUCUACACUGAACUGCGAGAUGCCACCAAGAAACGUAUGCAGGGUGUUGCCAACAUUUCCAUCUUGGCCAUGUUUGUCAUGUACCUGCUGACGGCUCUUUUUGGUUACCUCACCUUUUAUGGUGGCGUGGAGUCAGAGCUGCUCCACACCUACAGUCGCUUGGGCUUCCGGGACGUCCUGAUCCUCUGCGUGCGUCUGGCCGUGCUGGUGGCCGUCACGCUGACUGUCCCUGUGGUUCUGUUUCCGAUCCGCAGGGCUUUGCUCCAGAUCUUGUGCCCUGACAAGCCUUUCCACUGGGUCAGACACAUCGCCAUCGCAUUUUGUCUCAUCUUCGUGGUCAACCUGCUUGUUAUCUUCGUGCCCUCCAUCCGCUACAUCUUUGGCAUCAUCGGAGCCACAUCUGCCCCCACCCUCAUCUUCAUCCUACCUGGAAUCUUCUAUGUCCGGAUUGUUCCUGAAGACCAGGAGCCUUUACUGUCCAGACCCAAGAUUCAGGCUGCAUGUUUUGCUGCCCUGGGAUUCAUCUUCAUGAUCAUGAGUUUGUCGUUCAUCAUCACUGACUGGGUGACUGGAGAGUCCAAAAGCGGAGGUGGACACUAGCUGCCACGACUGAACAGCGAUACCAUGAAAACAAUGCAACCAAAGCUCCCUGCCAUUAAAUUACCCCUAAUCUGCCGAGUUCUCAUCCAAAGCCAAACUGGGUGGUUUGGCUGCACCAGAUGAAAGAUAUGUGAAGGGCCUUUUCCCACGACAACAAAAAAAGAAAAGAGAAAUUCAAAAAUGAUGACGGGGCAGUCAAAAGGUCCUGUAAUGGAGGAGAGAACAGAGAUGCAUGAGUAUACAAAGUAAUAUGUUCUGACUGAUUAAAACCUGUGUCACAGGCUGCAGCAAGAAUAUUGUUUGGAGGCAUGUGUAGAAAUGAAUAAGCCAGGAAAAGAGUAAUAAAUGGGAACAGCGUGACUCAAAUGGAAAUCCCAUUUUAGAGAAUGAAUGUGUAGACUUUCCUGGAAUAGCUCGGUCACUGCCAAACUCCUUCCAAUCUACUUCCCCACAAUUUCAGGGUGCACACAACAGAAAUGUGAUAAGAGUUUGCUUUUUAUAAAAGAGAAUGACGUCAGUUUCAAUUUUGUUACAUUUUAAAGACUUUUAAAUGUGUCCAAAUCUAGACAUUUCUCUAAACGUGACAGAUUCAGCUCAAUACGACCAGCGAGGGUUAGUCUGCAGCUCCAUAUCCCAAUCCAUCAAAAUCCAAGUUUCACUGACUUGUACAUGGAAAUUGAUUAAUGUGUUUUAAUGUGAUCAUUUGUCGAGAUAAUUCACCUAAACAUGAGGUCAUCGUCGUCAAAGCUGAGUCUGACGUGACCUUUUUUAUUCGUGAUCCUACGGAUAUGGUGCAGUUUGUGGGUUUUUGCUGCUAUUCAUGAAGGUCAAACAGACAGUAACUGACAAUCACACACAGAGAAAGACAGCGAGAGGUGGUUUGCACAAUUUCUAAGUCUAUAUAUGUCCCUGAAGACAUCAUAGCUGCAAACCAAAGACUUUAUUUAUUGUGUUAUAUUGAGAUGGUUUCAACACACUAUUUUUAUUUUAAAGCAUGUUCAGCAAAGUCCACUUAUUGAAUAUACGUCCAAACAUCCAGCUUUAGAAAUGCUGUUCCUCUUUCAGCACGUCCAGAAACUGUUCAGCACAGUGAAUAGUGACCUAUGGAUUUAAUUUAAAAAUAAAAGAAUGCCAUUCAUCCUGUAUAUUUUUAAAUUAAUUUGAAUGUUGUUAUCUGUCAAUAAAAUAUGUCUCAUUUGUA